UUCUUUCUUCAACUUCACCACCCCUCAACAAAAACAACGACAUCAAUCAACUCAACGUACAUUUCACCUUCUCGAAAAGAUGAAGGUGAUGAAAAUCUUGAUCUCGCUCGCCAUCACAAUAGCGAUUGCUAUCACUAUCAUCACCACCACUACUCAAACCAUUGAAAAAUUCGAAAACACGGAGGCCAAAAAAGCACCAAUUCCCACAUUCCCCCCGUUAAAGAGGAAAUUAGUAGCAAGUCGUUUUCUAGCCGAACAACAAAAAACGAAGAACCCUAGAGCAGCCGAUCACUGUCACAAGGACCACGAAAUAUGCACGGCGCUACAAAUAGGCGGUAAAAACACAACGUGCUGCAAUAACAAGUGCAUCGACUUAUCGUACGAUGAUCACAACUGCGGUGCGUGCAAGAGAAACUGUCCAUUUACUGAGACUUGUUGUAGGGGUGAAUGUGUGAAUUUAUCCUUUGAUAAGAGGCAUUGUGGAUAUUGCAACAACAGGUGCAUGACUGGUGGAUAUUGCUUUUAUGGCUUGUGUGAUUACGCCUAAUUAAUUAAGGUUAGGUGAUUUAUAAUUAUUACUAAUUUAUUAAGUUCCUAUUAUGAAUAAAUAAACCACAUUUAAUGAUUUGAUGUGGUUGAUCGUCAAGAAUUAUACAUGAUUAUUUUCUUAAUAAUGAUUCAUCUGAAAUAUUUGAUGUAACAAUCCCCAGGAUAUUGAUUUUACAAUAAG